AAGCAGGCAGGUCCAUAAAAAGUGGAUCAGCGCUCAGUCACGUCCACUGAAAAGCUGAGUGACACACUGAGUAAAAGUGCAGGCCACCGAUACUUGUUAAGGAAUCAUGGCAAAGCGUGUUGCAGUUAUUCUCUCAGGCUGUGGAGUCUAUGACGGCACAGAGAUCCAUGAGGCCUCGGCUGUCCUUGUCCAUCUGAGUCGUGCCGGAGCAAAAGUGCAGAUGUUUGCUCCAAAUGCAGAUCAGAUGCAUGUUGUAAAUCACUGUGAGGGGAAACCUACUGAGGAGAAGAGAAACAUCCUGCAGGAAAGCGCUCGCAUCGCCAGGGGUGAUGUGACUGAUCUGGCUAAGUUAGAUGUCUCAGCGUUUGAUGCUGCCAUCAUCCCAGGAGGAUUUGGUGUGGCUAAGAACCUGAGUGACUGGGCUGUGAAUAAUAAGGACUGCACCAUCCAGCCACACCUAGAGAAGCUCAUCAAGGCUUUUCACAAAGCUGGAAAGCCUCUGGGCAUGUGCUGCAUUUCUCCCAUCCUGGCUGCUAAGAUCCUGCCUGGCUGUGAGGUCACCGUGGGGCAAGACAAAGAGUGUGACAAGUGGCCGUAUGCUCAAACAGCAGGAGCUGUGAAGGAGAUGGGAUGCAAACAUGUGAACAAAGGUGUGGAGGAAGCUCAUGUUGAUGUCAAGAAUAAGCUGGCCACCACCUGCGCCUUCAUGUGCAACGCUCCCAUUCACCAAGUUUUUGAUGGCAUCGGUGUCAUGGUUAAAGAGACACUGAAACUGGCUUAACAAGAGUGUUACUGGAAAUUGAUUUUGUUUAUUUUAGGUUUUUUUUUUAAAGAUACCAAGAAUUGCUAACAAAUAUUGAAUUUAUUAUCAAGUUCUCUCAUUUUUCUCUGUUACACUGUCAAAUUCUUGAGAAUGUCAGUAAAAUCUUCUCUGCUUA